AUGCACCCCGGGACGACGCCCAGAGACCCCGCGCCCCUGCUGCUGCUCCUGCUGGUGCUUCUGGCGACGACGCCCGCGGCGGGCAAGGGUUGUGUCUGUAAAGACAAGAGCUGGUGCUUCUGUGAUGGGGCCAAAGGCGAGAAGGGGGAGAGAGGCUUUCCUGGACCCCCUGGAUCUCCUGGCCAGAAAGGAUUCCCAGGUCCUGAAGGCUUGCCUGGACCCCAGGGACCCAAGGGUUCUCCAGGACUUCAAGGACUCACUGGUCCCAAAGGCAUCAGGGGGAUAACUGGUUUACCAGGAUUUUCAGGUCCUCCCGGACUUCCCGGCAUCCCGGGCAAUACUGGACCUUCUGGGCUUCCAGGUUUACCAGGAUGCAAUGGUUCUAAGGGUGAGCAGGGGUUUCCAGGACUACCAGGGACACCAGGCUAUCCGGGGAUCCCGGGUCCUGUCGGUCUGAAAGGAGAAAAGGGUGCCCCAGCUGACGGAAGAGAUAUAGAACUUGAUGGAAAAGGUGACCCCGGAUUGCCAGGAGCUCCAGGAUUCCAGGGUUUGCCAGGCCCUCCAGGUUUUCCUGGACCUAUGGGUCCACCUGGCCCUCCAGGAUUCCUUGGCUUUCCAGGAACCAUGGGACCUCCAGGACCUAAGGGUCACAUGGGUGACAAAGUGAUAGGACCGAAAGGAGACCGGGGUAUGAAAGGAUUAACGGGACCCCCUGGACCACCAGGAACAGUUAUUGUGACACUAACUGGCCCAGAUAACAGAACGGAACUUAAGGGGGAGAAGGGAGACAAAGGAGCAGCGGGUGAGCCCGGACCUCCAGGACCCCCAGGGCCCCCUGGAGAAGCGUAUGGAUCUGAAAAGGGUGUUCCUGGAGAGCCCGGCCUACAGGGAAAACCUGGAAAAGAUGGCAUCCCUGGCUUCCCUGGCACUCCGGGGGCCAAGGGUAACCGGGGCUUCCCUGGAAUAAGAGGUGAACAUGGCAUUAAGGGGUGGAAAGGGGACAUUGGCCCUCCAGGAUUCCAUGGUCCAACAGAAUAUUAUGACACAUACCUGGAAAAGGGCAAUGAAGGAAGUCCAGGCCCACGUGGGCCCAAAGGAGCUCGUGGCCCACAGGGUCCCAGUGGUCCCCCUGGAGUUCCUGGAAGUCCUGGGUCAUCAGAGCCUGGCCUGAGAGGGAGCUCUGGACCACCAGGCAUGAAAGGAAGCAAAGGGGAACAAGGACCCCCAGGAGCCAAUGCAGUGGGGCCUCCUGGGUCCCAAGGUUGUCCUGGUUCACCAGGCCCUGUGGGGCUGCCAGGACCCCCAGGACCACCAGGUGACAUUGUCUCUUGCAAGGGUCCUCCUGGAGACCGUGGUGUUCCGGGCCAUCUAGGGCCUCCGGGAAUCCCAGGACGUGAUGGAGCUAAAGGAGAACCAGGCCUUCCGUGCACACAGUGUCCUUGUGCCCCAGGGCCUCCAGGUCUCCCAGGAUUGCCAGGGCUUGAUGGUGUCAAAGGAAUUCCAGGAGGACGAGGUGAAGCUGGCUCCAAAGGACACCCAGGAUCCCCGGGAAGGACGGGUCUUCCGGGAUUUCCAGGCUUUCCAGGAGCUCAAGGUGACCCUGGAUUUAAAGGAGAAAAAGGAGAAACAUCUCAGCCAGUGGGGCAGACGGGUGAUCCAGGAGAUCCAGGAAUCAGAGGUUAUCCAGGAAGAAAGGGCUUGGAUGGAAUUCCUGGAACACCUGGAGUGAAAGGAUUACCAGGACCUAAAGGCCAACCGGCCCUGAGUGGUGAGAAGGGGGACCAGGGUCCUCCAGGGGAUCCUGGCAUCCCUGGGUCCCCAGGACCAGCAGGACCAGCUGGACCACCCAACUUUGGACCCCAAGGAGAGCCAGGUUCAAAGGGAGAGCAAGGAGUUCCUGGAGCCCCUGGACCACCAGGAGAAGUCGGUCCUAAAGGAGAACUCAGUGUUGCAACACCAGUCCCAGGCCCCCCAGGACUUCCAGGGCCCCCUGGUCAAUCUGGCCCCCAUGGUCCCCCGGGUAUCCCAGGACCCAUGGGGAGUUGUGGGGAUCCAGGCCUCCCUGGGCUUGAUGGUGAACCAGGAAUUUCAGGCAUUGGAUUUCCUGGGCCUCCUGGACCUAAAGGAGACCAAGGUUUUCCAGGGGCAAAAGGACCACCAGGUCAUCCUGGAGAAAUGGGGAAGCCUGGGUUCCCAGGACAGCCAGGCCUCCCAGGAGCCAAGGGAGAACCAGGACUAGCUGUGCCUGGAGAACCAGGAAAGCCAGGUUUUCCAGGGGAAAGAGGCAACUCUGGGGAACAUGGAGAAAUUGGACUCCCUGGACUUCUGGGUUUCCCUGGGAUCCCAGGAAAUCAAGGGCUUGAUGGACCACAAGGACAUCCAGGACAACCGGGACCACCUGGAGAAAAAGGACCCCCAGGAAGGUGCAUGGAGGGCCCCAGGGGAGCCCAAGGACUUCCAGGCUUAAAUGGAUUGAAAGGGCAACAAGGAAGAAGAGGUGAAACAGGUUCCAAGGGAGACCCAGGUGUUCCAGGCUUGGAUAGGUCAGGACUUCCUGGAGAACCUGGGCCACCAGGAAUACCAGGUCACCAAGGUGAGAUGGGACCACCAGGUCAAAAGGGAUAUCCAGGAAACCCAGGAUUUUCAGGACUGCCAGGGCAAAAAGGAAUGGUUGGAAUGAUGGGCUUUCCUGGAAAUAUCGGCUCUCCAGGACCUCCUGGGAACCCAGGACUUCCAGGACAGAGAGGUAGCCUUGGAAUUCCAGGAAUAAAGGGUGAGAAAGGAGCUCCAGGAGUCAAAGGGGAGCAAGGAGCUAAAGGAAUCCUUGGGCCUUCCCAGAUGUGCCACUUAACAGGGGACAAAGGGGAGCCUGGUCUCAAAGGAUUUGCAGGAAAUCCGGGUCAGAAAGGAAACCCAGGCAUUCCAGGGUUACCAGGUUUCAAAGGUCUCAAAGGGCUACCAGGACCACCAGGACCACCAGGCUCCAGAGGAGACCCAGGCAGCAUUGGGAAUCCUGGAGAACCAGGACCACGUGGUGUGCCAGGGAGCUUGGGGAUCAUGGGAGUGCCAGGUUCCAAAGGAAAGAAAGGAAAUGUGGGAUUCCCAGGUCUAGCAGGAAGACCAGGCCUCCCAGGCAUUCAUGGUCUCCAAGGAGAUAAGGGAGAUCCAGGGUUUUCGGAAGAUGCAAGACCAGGACCACCAGGACCAAAGGGGGAUACAGGUUUGCCAGGUGACAUGGGAGAGAAAGGAGAAAGAGGACCACCUGGCCCGCCUGGACAUUCGGGGCCUGCUGGACCUGAGGGCAUCCCUGGACAUCCCGGGAGCCCUGGCCUCCCAGGACAUCCAGGUCCAGGUGGUGAUUUGGGGUUUAAAGGAAUCAAAGGCUUCCCUGGCCCUCCAGGAAUGAAAGGCCCCCCAGGCCCCCCAGGAUUCCCAGGACCUCCUGGAGCAGUGGGUGUAAGAGGUAUCCAAGGACAUGAUGGAUUUCCUGGUCCAGCUGGAGAAAAGGGAGAAUCAGGUUUGCUUGGGGCACUUAUGGGUCCAAAAGGAAACCCCGGUGCUCAAGGCGCCAAAGGAGACAAGGGAGCCCCAGGCUUGCCCGGCUUGCGUGGCAGGAAAGGGGCAGUGGGAGACGCUGGGCCUCGAGGACCCACUGGCAUAACAGGACUCCCAGGGCUACCAGGUGUCCCAGGUGCACUCAUCCCUGGCCGGAAAGGAAAUCGAGGUUCACCAGGCCCAAGAGGAAACCCAGGUAAACCGGGCCCACCUGGACCUCCGGGGAGUCCUGUAAAAAGUGUAAAAGGAGACAAAGGAUUCAUGGGUAAGCCUGGCCCCAGAGGUCCCCCUGGAACCAUUGGAGACAUAGGGCCACCAGGUCAUCCGGGACCACCAGGCACCCCCGGUCUCCCAGGACUCAGAGGUGACCCUGGGUUCCAUGGAUUUCCGGGCAUGCAAGGAGAGAAGGGUAAUCCAGGAUUUCGGGGACCAAUUGGACCUCCAGGACCAAUUGGGCCUCCAGGACCACCUGGUGUUCGUGGAGAUCCUGGAACACUUAAGAUCAUCUCCCUUCCAGGAAGCCCAGGGCCUCCUGGCCCACCUGGAGGACCAGGGAUGCAAGGAGACCCUGGGCCACCAGGGCCACCAGGAGACCUAGGACCCUGUGGGCCACCAGGCAGACUAGGCAAGGAUGGAGAACCUGGGAUUCCUGGACCAGUUGGAGAAGAAGGCAACAAAGGUUCUAAAGGAGAAAAAGGGCCACCUGGAUCACCUGGAUUGCCAGGUUUAAAGGGACGACAAGGAGACACUGGACCACCUGCAACUGGGACAGCCAUGAGAGGCUUCAUCUUCGCUCGACACAGCCAAACAACAGCAGUUCCCUUGUGUCCAGAAGGGACGAAGCCACUCUACAGCGGGUUUUCUCUCCUUUUUGUACAAGGAAAUGAACGAGCCCAUGGACAAGACCUUGGGACUCUUGGCAGCUGCCUGCAGCGUUUCACCACAAUGCCUUUCCUAUUCUGCAACAUCAACAACGUGUGCAACUUUGCAUCUCGAAACGAUUAUUCAUACUGGCUGUCAACACCAGCCCUGAUGCCAAUGGACAUGGCUCCAGUGACUGGCAGGGCCGUGGAGCCCUAUAUUAGCAGAUGCACCGUCUGUGAAGGUCCUGCCAUUGCCAUAGCCGUUCACAGCCAAACCACUGCCAUCCCGCCAUGUCCUCAGGGCUGGGUUUCUCUCUGGAAAGGGUUUUCAUUUAUCAUGUUCACAAGUGCAGGUUCUGAGGGUGCUGGGCAAGCACUGGCCUCCCCCGGCUCCUGCCUGGAAGAAUUCCGAGCCGGUCCCUUUCUAGAAUGUCAUGGAAGAGGAACGUGCAACUACUAUUCAAAUUCCUACAGUUUCUGGUUGGCUUCUUUAAACCCAAAGAGAAUGUUCAGAAAACCCAUUCCGUCAACUGUGAAGGCCGGGGAGCUGGAGAAGAUCAUAAGUCGCUGUCAGGUGUGCAUGAAGACAGGCCAGUGA